AUGUUACGAUACUUAAAAAAUAAGGCACAAGAUGAAAAAAUGGGAAUCAAACCCAGAGGAGCUCUUAGCAAAUUGGCAUAUGCUAUGAUUUCUUAUUUUAUAUUCCUGAAGGUCGCUAAUUAUUUUGGUUACCUUGCUACGUGGACCAUAUACCCUAUGGCAAUUCCCGCAGCCAUAACAUUUUCCUUUGUGAGCAUGCUCUUGGGAACCUACUACCUAAAGAAAGGAUUAAAAAUAUCAAAUAAAAUUUUGAAAUACAAAACUUUCUCAAAAAAUCACAAACAUAGAAGAUCUGAGAAAUCAAGAAGAAUAUAA